GAACCCGGAGCGGGGCGGCGAGUAGCGCCCUGGGAAGGUGGAAGAGUGUGUUUGGAGACGCGUAAAGUUGCCUUUCAAGCUCGGACCUCUGGGGCAGCGAUGCGCCGCGGCGGGCUGCCUCCGGGCUGCCUGGGCCUCCCUGCCAGCCGCCUGGAAAUGAUGCAAGUCCAGUCGGUCACCUGGAUCCCUGCGGCCCAGCCCGGAAUCCGUCUGGGUUGGGGGAAGGGCGAGGAACCGGCACACUAGGUGUUGCACGGCCCACCAAAUCGGGAGGGAGAUGGGGCAGUUCCUCAGGCCAAGUCCUGUCUAACGCUUCUCUCGUCUCAGUUUGAGAGGGUUUUGUUUUUGUUUUGUUUUUCCUAAAUGCAAAGCGUCACAGAGCCAGGAAUUCCCAUUUGUGCUCCGCUUGCCCCCAGCGUCACGGUGCCCGGGAAACUCCCAAUCUGUCGAGGCUCGGGGCUUAGGAGCUCACUGAAUUCCAAGGGACAGAAAGAGGAAACUUUCCCAGCACGUUGCGGGUGUGAUGCGAGCCAAGGGCCCGGGGGCGGGGGGCUUGGGGGGAACGCCGUCCCGGCGCGGACCGUGUCCUCCCGCCCUUCUCGAGCUGCAGUCCGAGCUGGGAUUCGCUUUUAUUUUUUAAAGUGCGUUCGGCCAUGGCCCUAGAAAACCCGCUCACACACACUCAUACACGCACGUAAACGCGCGGCCGCCGCCAGGCCGGCAACUUUGUGGGGCGCCCCCGCGGAGCUCCGCUUCCUCGCGUAGUAGUUGGGCGCAGGCCCCGCCUCCCAGCCGUGUUGUCAAACGGGCCGGGGUCUCGGAUUGGUCCAGCCGCUGGGACAACACCUGCUCGACUCCUUCAUUCAAGUGACACCAGAGCUUCCAGGGAUAUUUGAGGCACCAUCCCUGCCGUUGCCCGGCACUCGCGGCGCUGCUAACGGCCUGGUCACAUGCUCUCCAGAGAGCUACGGGAGGGCGCUGGGUAACCUCUAUCCGAGCUGCGGCCGCGAGGAGGAGGGAAACGGCGAGCGAGGAGGAAGAGUGGGAGGAGGAGGGGAAGCGGCCAAGGAGGAGGAAGAGGAGGAGGGGAACACAAAGAAUCCAGGUCUCCGGACGGGAGGUUUACACCAAGAACCAUGUGUGCUGAGCGGCUGGGCCAGUUCGUGACCCUGGCUUUGGUAUUGGCCACCUUCGACCUGGCGCGGGGGACCGACGCCACCAACCCGCCGGAGGGUCCCCAAGACAGGGGCUCCCAGCAGAAAGGCCGCCUGUCCCUGCAGAACACAGCGGAAAUCCAACACUGUUUGGUCAACGCUGGCGAUGUGGGGUGUGGUGUGUUUGAAUGUUUCGAGAACAACUCUUGUGAGAUUCGAGGCUUACAUGGGAUUUGCAUGACUUUUCUACACAACGCUGGAAAAUUUGAUGCCCAGGGCAAAUCAUUCAUCAAAGAUGCCUUGAAAUGUAAGGCCCACGCUCUGCGGCAUCGAUUUGGCUGCAUAAGCCGGAAGUGCCCAGCCAUUAAGGAAAUGGUGUUCCAGUUACAACGGGAAUGCUACCUCAAACACGAUCUGUGCUCUGCUGCCCAGGAGAACACCCGGGUCAUGGUGGAGAUGAUCCACUUCAAGGACUUACUGCUGCACGAACCCUACGUGGACCUGGUGAACCUGCUGUUGACCUGUGGGGAGGAGGUGAAGGAGGCCAUCACCCACAGUGUUCAGGCUCAGUGUGAGCAGAACUGGGGAAGCCUGUGCUCCAUCUUGAGCUUCUGCACCUCAGCCAUCCAGAGGCCCCCCACGGUACCCCCUGAGCGCCAACUCCAAGUGGACAGAGCCAAGCUCUCCAAGACCCACCACGGGGAGGCAGGUCACCACGUCUCAGAGCCCAGUAGUUGGGAGACAGGCCGAGGCACCAAGGGCGAGGGAGGUAGCAAAAGCCACCUGAACGCACAUGCCCGGGGCAGGGCGGUCGGCCAAGGGGGCCAGGGAACUUCUGGAAGCAGCGAGUGGGAGGAGGAACCCUCCGAGUAUUCCGAUAUCCGGAGGUGAAACAAAAAGGCCUGGCCGGGAAAUCUUUCCUCCACGCCGUCCAUUUUCUUCUCUAUGGACAUUCCAAAACAUUUGCCAUUAAAGAGGGGGGAUGUCACACGCAGGAUUUGGUGGGGAUUGCGGACUGGAUGAAGGUGUGUGCUAGCAGAAUGAACAGGUGAGGCAGAGACGGCCUAGGCAGCGGCAGGUCUCAGCCGUUCCCGGCUGUUCCCCAGGGGGGCUCCACUCUUGCACAUCCUCAAGUGCGAUCGCCACGCGGCCGCCUUGGCCUUGCAACUCUGUCUUCUUUCCAUCCGCAGAGCGACCGCGGCCUGCAGCGUGCCCUGCUGCUCUGCUGCGGGGGGAGGUGGGCCGGCGAGAAGGGCAGGGGUCGGCAGGCGGGACGCACCCGUGGUGCUGGGCCCCAGGCGGGCCGGGCCGAGGCUUCUGGUGCCGCCCUGGCGGAGGGAGGGUGGCGGGACUCGGGUGCAGGAGUGAACGUGAACACCGCGCUGGGAGACAGAAGGGUGGAGCGGAGACGGGGGCUGUGUGGGUGCUUGGUGCCAAACGGAAGUUCAGUUUCUUGCCUGGGACCUGGAGGUUUGGAGCUGCUUGAUGGGGAGGGCAAGGGUUCUAAGUGUAAUUUCUGAGCCAUUGUUCCAUCGGGGGAGGGGGUGGGACCGGUCCAAGGGAGUGGCCCCUGUGUGUCUGUAUAUUAACCACUGCUUUGAAUCUCUACUUCACUUUUUUAUUUAUCCAGUUACAUCUACAUAUAUACCUGUCGUCUAAAUAAAUGGCUUUCAAACAAAGCAACUGGGUCAUUAAAACCAGCUCAAAGGAAAAAGAAAUAACAGCCCAUCUUUUGGGGCUGAUUUUUUUUUUCUUUUGAGUGCUAUUUUAAAAGGAAUCAAAGAGCAAUGGAGCCAUACAUCUGCCUGCCUGCCUGCCUGGCAUGGGCUCAUAGCCACUCAGGGCAAACCACACCCCUGCAGGAAAAGGCACACAUGAGGAGUAUAUUUGACAGAUUUUCUUUGGCAUUUUGUUACCUCACUUUGACGCUCAGCCAAGAUCGAUAAAGUGAGGCACCUGAUGUGGCAAAGCCAAGUUGGAAAUGUGGCUUCUCAGUGUGCCUGAUGGAAAGGGGGAGAAGGGAGCAAAGAUGGCUGUGAUUUCCAGCAGGGAAAGCUGACCUCUUACAUAAAUGGAGGGGACUGCCAGGAAGCACUGAGGAACAGGAUUUUUUUCCAGAUCCAGAUUGGAAAUGUAGCAACGAAGAAAGGAGUCAGAGUGGACAAAGGAAAGGCAGGAGGGACAAGACUAAAAAUCCAAGGCACAGAGCAACAGGAUUGUCACAAAGGGUCAGCGGUAGGGUUUUGUGGUUGUUCAGAAUGUUCCACAGUGAGGCCUUUUCUUUCUUUCUUUCCUUCCUACUAGGUUAUCACAUUAAAGCUUAUCCUUUCUUGCAGCCAGUACUCAAAUAGAAGGCCAGUAUUACAAGGAGUAGACAGGUGUGUUCUGGGCCAGUUCCUCCUAGAGCAGAGGUCAGCAAACUUUUUCUCUAAAGGUCCAGAUGUAAACUACACUGUCUUCCGUUUGGCGGAUCAUGUGGUUUCAGACACAAGUAGUCAACUCUGCCGCUGCAGCAUGAAAGCAGGCAUACAUAGACAACGUGUGACAAACAGGCUUGGCUUUGCUCCAGUAAAACUGUAUUUAAUAGGUGCCCACCUGGAUCUGGCUCUUGGGCCUGAGUUUUCUGACCCCCAUUCUAGUGAGUUGGCAAAAAAAAGUAAGCAUCCUCCAUUUAUAUCAGCUUAUAGCUCUCCCUCAAAGCAACCUGAGGCGAGAGAUAAAGAAGCUGAAUUUAUCUACUCUAAAAUACUUUGUUCCAGGGAAUGCCCUUACCCAAAGCCCAGCUAGUAUUUAUAUAACCCACAUCCAAUCUCAUCAGCGCCAGGACAUGGUGCUGGAAGCUCAUCUCCCCAAUCUUUUGUGAUCCACAUUAGAAAGAAACCAUUUGGGUGUAGGGGAAAAGAAGACAAAUGCUGGAAGAAGCACCUAGAAAGAGCUGGAGCUGCAGAAAGCAGAAAAGAUGGUGCACUUAAUCCAGCUCUGCCCUCGGGGGGAGGAGGACCGGUGUGUCAGGCUCUGCCAUGGGAACCGAACGUAAACCAUGGCUGUCUCAUGCCAUGGGCCACUGCAGCACGUUGACUGUUUUACUUACAUCACUCAAAAGCUGAAGCAAUAACAUUCUCCCGCGUUGCUGGGUCAGCUGUUCAUUUGUUCACUGGCUCCUGGGCUGGAUGUGUGAAAGGCAUCACUUUUAUAUUUUCCUCAGUGUAAAUGUUUUAUGUGUUCGCCUACUGAUGUGCCAUUUGUUGCUUCUAUUGUAAAUAUUUGUCAUUUGUAUUUAUUAUCUCAGUGUUUUCCCCUGAGGCAUCAAAUUGCUUACAAUGUUCAUUUGAACCCCUUCGCUGAUCUCUGUUGUAUAUUUUUCAUACCACUAGUGUGUUGCUUAACAAAAGUCAGGUAGAUCUCAUUUCAUUCUGGUUCUUCAUGUUUUGAAGUAUACAAUAGUAUUUAUUGCUAAGGUUCUUUGGCUCAAAACGGAGUACAGUCCAAAUUCCUGUAAGAGUCGACAGAGGCAUUUGUACAAUCUAAAAUGUAAGCAAAGUAGUAAUUAAAAAUAGACAUUCAACUUGGGCUUCAUACUUCAUACAAAUUUACUCAUGAGCCUUCCUUUAAGGAAGGAUGUGGAUUUCCAAAUAAAGAUACGGUGUUUAUUUUGAGCUUUGCAUCUUAACAAGAUGACUGAACACCUCUCCUUUGUAUCAAUAAAUAGCCCUGUUAUUCUGAAAGGAGAGGACUGACCUAGUACAGCAAAAUGCUGACACCUGAAACCAAAUAAAUGGAAAACACCAGCCCAGAGCUGUAGUCAUACUUAGACACACAUACACACACAGAAAUUUAAACUUGAACCAAAUAAAAGGCUUUGCUAGAACAACAUGGAAAAACAAUGCUACCAGAGCCCAUUUCCUAAGGAAGAACAACCUCAUCUGAUCUCAGAAUUGGCACCACGUGAGCUUGCUCAGUCAUAAUGUCUGUUUCUGUUAUGGAUUUAGGCAGCAGGACCUGAACAUUGUCACAUGGCAUUAUUUUUCUCCCAUCAUUAAUAAAGAUUUUAAAUAAACA